AUGAGCGGUCCCGAAUCGAAACUAAGCACGUUCAUCACAAAGCAAGUAAGAGGAAUUAUAUAUGUAAAUAACUUGUAUCUGUAUAUAAGUAUACGGCGUUAUACUUUUUUGUAAAAGUAACAAAUUACCCUUAAAAUAAAAGUAAAAUGGUUGUUACUGUAUUAUAAGGAUUGUAAUUCUUAAAAUACCUAACUGCUGUUAGUCUGUAUGCAAUAAGCCUGAAAAUUAGUAGGCCGUUUGGAAAAAUAAUAAGUAGUUCGCUAACAGGCUACCCCAUUGCAAAGAGUCUAAAGACUAAUUAUCCAUAUGGCUUACACAUAUACAAACAUUUUAUCAUAUAAAUUAAAUCGUUAAUUUUAGACAAUUUUAAUAUUUCUUUAAUUUAAUUAAUUCUAACAUAAAAAAAAUACGAAAUCAGAGUUUUACAAAAUCGAAAUAAAACGAAUUACUGGAAUUAUUAUAAUAAUGAUCAACAUUUUAAUAUUUUUAAAAAUUACAUGAUUUAAUAAUAUUAAUGAGAGACCUGAGCCUGCUAAUUUGCAUUGUAGACAUGAUUGAUUCUAUGUUUGAUAUUUGAUACUGCUACAUAAAUAAAUAUAUAAAAAAUUACAUAAAAUUAUAAAAAUGGUUUAUAACUUUUUAAUUUGGUGUUAAAUUAUUGGCGAGCCAGCCUCUAAUAAAAUUUCUCGACUCCCAGAUUGCACACCACUGCUAUAGAGUUUACUUUUCUGAAUAUUUAAAUGCAUUACACAUUUAUGUCCGACGAAUAGUUUCUAAGUAACAGCCGUUUUAAAUUCUACUAAUCCGUGUGAAAACCUAUGUCAUCUGUUAACCGCGGUUAGGUUAUUCCCUAUAUAACAUCGGUUUUCACACGGAUUAGUAGAAUUUGAAACAGCUGUUGUUUAGAAACUAUUCAUCGGAUAUAAAUGUGUGAUUUUCAUCAAAAUAAAUUCUACAGAAUGGCUAUCUUAAAAUUUUCCGAAAAUAAUAAAAUAAAAAAUUAAUUUUUCUACUAUACUAAAAAAAAAAAAAAAUCAAAAUUGUAUUGUCUCCGGAGAUAUUCAAGGGGUGUACCUAUAUUAUAUUUCUAUAGCGCACGGAAUAUUGUUAAAUAUAUUAACGGUUUAUAAAAUCAGUGUUGAGAAAUGUUGUAUGCAACGGAAAAUUGACUUAUCCACACGAUGUUAUACCAUUUAGACGGAAUCGUUUUAUCAAGCGCUGUGCAGGAAAAAAACAUUCGUGAACGACGCCGAAUUGCACGGAACAGAAAAACUGAAUCGGGUUUUGAAUGUUUACGAUUUGACGGGCCUGGGCAUCGGUGCGACAUUGGGAUCCGGUGUGUAUGUGUUGGCCGGGAAGGUGGCCAAAUCGAUUACUGGUCCCGCCGUAGUGUUAUCAUUCGUCUUGGCCGCGGUCGUGUCGUCGUUUUCAGGUAUCUGCGGGUCUGACAUUGUAUAGCCAUUGGGUAAUACGUUAAGGGCUGUGAAUCUAAAGCUCUAAAAAUGUAUAAAAUUAAAUUACAUUAUGUAUCCUACAUUUAAAACGUGCCCCCUACAACAGUGGCCUACCCGUCACAUGAUUUUCUUUUUACUGCGGUACUGUAAAUAAAUCCGGGCCUUAUUUUAUUUACAAAAAUUAUAAGUAAAAUUGUUCCCUUUCAUUUUAUAUUUGUUAAAAAUAGUACGUUAAUUUAUAAUACAAAUAAACCAUGUAGUUAGAGAUAUAAGUUAAUGGGCGCAACGACUUUCAGGUAGUCUGAGAAUUCGUUAACGUCUUCUUCUCCUUCGCCUUCAUCAAAACUAUUUGGGGUCAGCCACCCUCGUUCUAAACUUCCAUUUGACCCAGUCUUUCUCUCCCUUUCUUUCCUCCAACGUUUAUUUUCAUUAUAAUUCUUUUUGCUUCAGAUUCUUCUCCCCCAUGACACAUCCAAACCAUCUCAGUCUAUUUUCUCUCAUUUUGUCUACUGUCGAAGCAACGCUUAAGCUACCGUUAUUUACUGUCUUAUUUUGCUCCUCAAAACUCUUACUUUGUUUUACUUUUAUUUAUUCUUCCCUUUCCCUUUCUAUAGUUCCUUGCCUUUAUGUGCCAUUCUCUAUUUGAAAUAUGUUUUAAAUAAUAACUAAAAACAAUCCCUCUAUUUUUAUUUUUAUUAUUAAUUUUAAUAAAUUAUGUUAUUUUUCCGGGCCUUUUUAAAAUCCGAAUUUCGAGCCCAUAGAACUCACAGACCCUCCUCUCCCUUUUUGGGCACUUUGUUACUCAUUAGCAGUAUCCUACACUGUGCGGGUGAACGCACAGUGUACUGGCUGUUUUACAAUUUGAAUAACGUGUUACUUAGUAACUAUAAAAUUAUGAAGUGUUAUUAUAACUUCGAUUUCAGAAAACAGAUACACAAUAUACAUCUAUAUAAAUCUGUUAACUGCUUUUAAGUUAUUCCCUAGAAAACAUCGGUUUUUACACGGAUUUGUAGAAUUUAAAAUGGUUGUUACUUAAAAACUAUUCGUCGAAUAUAAUGUGUGCUGCAUUAAAAUUUUCAGAAAAAUAAUCUUUACAUAAUGGCUAUCUUAAAAUUUUACAAAAAUUAAUAAAAUAAAAAGUAUUUUUUUUUUUAAUUUGAUUACUAAAAAAAUAUAAAAUAUAAAAAUUUGUAGUCCUUAUCCUUGUGAGUAAUAUAUAUAUAUAUAACAGAAUUUGAUUAUCUUUAUUAUCUCCGGAGAUAUUCAAGGGGUAUAUCUUCGUGAGACAGUCUGUCUAUUAUAUGUAUUUGAAAUAAAAUGGUUUAAGAUAAAUUAUAAUAAUAAUUAUCUUUAUAUUCGUUACAGGAGUUUGUUAUGCCGAAUUCGCCGGCAGAGUACCUAAAGCCGGAUCCGCUUAUAUUUACAGUUACGUGGCCGUUGGCGAAUUUAUCGCUUUCGUUAUCGGUUGGAAUUUACUUAUCGAACAUACAAUAGGUGAUAUAACUGUCAAUAAACAAGUAAAUCAAUGAAUGCAUAAAAAAUAAAAAAGGCAAAAGUCAAUACAGAGUGUGUUUCACUUCGUGUAAUAAGUAUUUAAUUAAAAGUUUUGUUUGAAUACAAUAAUACUGUAUCAAAAGAACACUCUAAAAAAUAAGAUGAAAAUAUAAUUAUAGAAAAACCAGGCGAAAUAUCACCCGGUAUAAAUAUAGUACCUUCUAAAAAAUACAGGACUGGACAUGACAUGAUUGAAGGGUGUGAGAGGUUAGUCUUUAAAAUGUUAUAGAAAAGGCGAAGACGGCGCUAGUAUCGCAUGGAGGCAAAAUAUCCGUCCGUUCACUUUUUCGUUUUCGUAACCAUAAGUCAAUUUUGUGUCCAGUCCCUGUAUAAUAUCUUAAUUCAUGAUAAUAAUAUUCACAUCAUAAUUUUGGUGAUGUAUUGAGUACUGAUAUUAUAUUUUGUUACGCAGGUACAGCGUCAGUAGCCAAGGCCACGACUAACUAUUUGGAUUCUUUGCUCGGAGAUCCUCAAAAAAAUUUUAUGAUGAAACAUUUUCCGAUGCACAUGGAAUUCCUAGGCGAAUAUCCGGACGUCGCGUCGUUUAUUUUCGUCAUGGCCAUAGCGCGUAAUAAAAUAAAUAUACACGUUUUAUACUUUAUAAUCAUUUUUCAUUUUUUUUGGGAUUAAAACUAGACAAAUAUUUUUAAAAUUAAUUUGUUUAAUAUCACAGAAAUUCCACAAUAUUUUCUCGAAAAUUGCGAUCCCUAUAUAUAAUAUUACGACUGAUUGUUUUUUUUUGUUUUGAUAUGUGUUAAUAAUAAAUAUUACAGUGCUCGUGGCUUGGGGUGUUCGUAAAUCUUCGACACUCAAUAAUUUGUUUACUACGUUGAACUUGUUGACAGUGACAAUUGUCAUAGUUAGCGGAUUUUAUCUCGGUGAGUAUAUAUACCGCACAAUGGUAGAUAGAGGACUUAAAUACUUAGGAAUAAGGGUGCAGAGCCAGAUUUAUUAGUAAAAACUUGAAUAAAUAUAUUUUAUGAAAAGGAUGUGCUACGGUUACUUUCUAUAAUUCGACCGUAAAAACACUAACAACUAUUUUGCGCUGGCUAUUAUGAAAGAAAAUUUUUAGUAUGAUAAAAAGAGAAUUUGUAUUGUGCAACGUUGAUUUUAAACCAAUGUAUUAUUUGUAAAGGUAUUUGAAUAUGUUUAGUGAAAUUUAAUCUUCUUAAAUGUCGAGAAUAAAUUGAGGGUUACGCAUAGUCAUGCGUAACCCUAUAAAUACGGAAAGUAGCACGUCAUUUUAAUCGAAAAUUAUUCUCCCCUCGGAAGCGCUAUGAAAACAUUUUAAUAAUUGGUGAUUUUUAAUUUUUAAUUUUUUGAAUUUAGGAAAAUUUUCGAAUUGGUUCAUUCCGAAAAGCGAAAUUCCAGCCGGCGUGGACGGUGGCGAAGGUGGAUUCUCGCCGUUCGGUUGGACCGGAAUUGUCGCCGGUGCCGCCAGAUGUUUUUACGCGUUUAUCGGAUUCGAUUCCAUAGCCACGACCGGUUCGGAUUUUAUUUUUUAAUAACCCGUACAACAUAAACGCAAAUUACUAACAUUAUCUCGACAUAAUACCUACGACAUAAUAAUAUGCUACGUGUAUUUGUUUUUAAACAAAACUGGUUAUUGGCGUUUUUCCAUAUUAUUAUAGGCGAAGAGACUAGAAAUCCAAAACGGACCAUUCCCUUGGCGAUCGUUUUGUCGUUGUUUUUCGUCACAUUGGCCUAUUCCGGAGUAGCUUCGGUACUCACACUAAUGUGGCCAUAUUACGAUCAAGUUCGAAUAAAAUCUUCACUACGCGUGAUCGAGUGUCGAUACUAGUUCUGGUUUUUUUUUUUUUUAAGGACACGAACGCGCCGUUGCCAGUCAUCUAUCAGAAAUUGGGACUGCCCGUAAUCAAAUACAUGGUCACGUGUGGGGCGAUAUUUGCUCUGCUCACCACGUGAGUCUGUGAUAAUAAUAUUAUGUUAUUUAAACACAACUGUAUAAAAAAAACUAACUUAUAUACUUCGCACGAUGGGUGGGCCACUGUUGAAGGCGAGAAGUUGUGAAAGUAUAGGGGAAAUUAAAUAUAUAUCUGUGAGCAAAGAUUAAUCAUUGCUAACAAAAUACGAUUCUGAGAAGAGUUCGGUUAUAUAUGUUUUGAAAGGCCGAAAUAUGUACAUUUCUUUGAAAGUAUAAUACGCAUUUCUUACAUUUUUUCCCGGUUAUUCCUAUUUAUUAUGAAAACAAUUGAAAAAUAAAAAAAUAACUUCCUUAAAAUACCACUCCAAUCAUAUUGUCUUUUAGAAAAAAUGCUGCACUUGAGAAUCUGAGUAAAAUUGUUGGUAGAAAAGUUGUUCACUAAUAAUUAACUUAAUAAAUAAAAUAGUAGGGAAGCUGCGAUCGGUGAAAUAUACUAAAUGUGGGAAUUACUACGUCCAAAAACUAAAACUAAUGACAAUAAAAUGAUAAUCACUCUUAAAAACCGUCCGAAAUAAGAUUAUCUCCUCCACAUCCAACAUAUGUCGUAGUUCUCUACUAGUCGGAAAUGUUAAUGUUUGCCAAUAAGAAGUAGAGAACUACGGUAAUAAGUAACGUGAAGAAAUAUUUGAACGGGGUGUACGCGUACAAAAAACUUUGAUCGUACUUACCUAUUUUGCAAUAGUUUAUUCGAUGAUCGUAGUUUUUUAAAUCGCGCUUCCUUGAAGCGAAUUUCCCUACUAGCUGUAUUAAUUUGUGUUUACUGUGCCUGUAUAUUGUGACUUCCCUUAAUCUGAAAAUCAAAGAAAUUCACUGAAAUCUAGAUUCAGAAAAUAUAUAAUAUAGGUCAAAUUGAAUUAACUUUUCUUAUACGGCGUAUUUGAAUGGUGUAUUAUAGUUUAAGCCAUUGCAGUAUGCGACAUAACUUAAAACGGACGAAAAACGAAAAAAUCAUUACUUAUCCUAAAACGUAGAUUAAAAUAAUACGUUCAAUAUUGGAAAAAUUGAUUUGACACGAAAAAUGAAAAAUUCUCCUUUUUUUUUUUUUUUUUUAUGUAAAUAAGUAAUUUUUCACAAUUUGGUGACAUGACAUCAUUUUAACGUGCACCCGCAAAUUAUUAUCAUAGUCAAUUUAUUAUAGGCUUGUAUUAUUGUGUACCUACUGCUAUUUUUCGAUGUUAUUGUUUUCACCGUUUGCGUAACUUUACAAUCUUAAUUUUCGGUGUUUAUUAUUUUUCCCGAUUUUCAUUAGUACUAUUAUUAUAUUAUAACGUUUUUUGAAACUCAAUUUUAUCGUACCCAAAGCCUGGUGGGAACUCUGUUCCCGUUACCACGGAUCCUGUACGCCAUGGCCAGCGACGGUCUGUUGUUUAAGUUUCUAUCGAAGAUCAACGACAAAACCAAGACGCCGUUUAUAGCAACGGUCAUUUGCGGAAUCAGCGCCGGUGAAUAAAAAAACUGUUCGUUAAAUUUUUUAAUAUUUAUACUCUAUUAUAUUUCUAUUUUCACAGGCAUCCUGUCGACCAUAUUCAAUCUCGAUCAACUCGUCGACAUGGCAUCCAUUGGCACGCUAAUAUCGUACAUGAUCGUAUGCGUCUGCAUACUUAUACUUAGGUAACGUCCGCAAUAAUAUUAUUAUUUGAGCAUUUGUAGCUUUAAAAAAAACCCGCUAAAUAUGCAAGUACUGAUGCACUUAAAAACUAUAAAAUUUGCUCUAAAAUUCUUUUUCUGUCAAUUUAAUUAAUUACUUAACAAAAAACAAAAAUAAUUAUCCGCCUUGUUUAAUUGUACGCCGUAAUGAUAAGAUGAAUAAAAAAGUUCCGAAAAGUUCUCCAAAAACCACAAUAAAUUAAAACAAACAUCUUGUUAAAAAACGAGAAAAAGGAAAAAACCUAAAUAUAAAACAUUAUGUAACAUAUAAUUACAGAUUCCACUUUCUGAUGAAGAACAACCUUCAUUCUAUCUAGCCUUUUUUUACGGAUGCGCAAAACAAAUAUGCAAAUUCUAGAAGUUUUUUGCCUUAAUUAUUGUAGGUGCUUGUCUGACAUUUCACAUUUAACGUUACACCUAAUAGUUUUUGUAAAAUGUUCAAAUAUUAAAACGUCUCGUUGACUAAUAUUUUGGUUUAGGUACAAGAACAACACGGACCAACGGAAAGUCACAGCAGAAACGUUUGUCGAGGACAAAUGGUUUAAUUUUUCCAAUGCGAGAACACCAACUGACCAAACUCAACGCAUGUCGAGAGUGUUGAUACUCGUGUAUAGUACGUUUAAUUAUAAAAAGAAUAAUUCCGUACUUGCUCAAAUUUAUAUGAGUUAUCACACGUUUUGUCAAUAUUAAGAGCCAAGAGCCAGAAACAACGGGGAAAUUUCGGAAAAAGUAAAAGUUUCAAGUUUUAAAUGGUUUAAUAGUAAAAUAAAUAUACAUUAUAUAUAUAUAUGUAUAUUUUAAUAAUUUUUCAGUAAUUUUAUUAUGAACGCCGAAAUUUCUCAUUUUUCCAUAAACAAAAAUAGUACAUAUUAUUCUUAAUGUUUAUCAUUAUUUAGCAUUUUGUAUUUUAUGAACGCAUUGUAUAACAGCCGUCGCCGCAUUUGUGUUUUCCUUUUGCUCGGUGAACCUCGGUCUUUACAAAGACGUAUUUCGGCUGUCGCUGACCAUUGCUACAUACGUUUCGUGUGGAGUCCUUUUUGUUACGAUGCUCCUGUUAUACAGAUUGCCACAAGCCGCCGAACAAUUAUCGUUUAAGGUGAGACGAGAAAUUGAAUGUUGUGUCAUGUGACGGACAUUUUUUAACUUAUUAUUAUUUUUGAGGACGUUAACGUGUACUUAUCAUUGCAUGGAAAACACGACUUGGACGAAAACGGUAACUGCAGUUUCCAAAAACUUAAUACAGAACGUUUGAAAUUCGCAAAAAUUUAAUUAAAUUCAUUUUUCUAGUAAAGUCGAUUAGUGCACGUACGUUAAUAAUUUUUAGAGUUAAAUUUUCACCGGUUUACAGGAUAAUUUACGUUUGUAAAUCUGAUGAUUUAAAAUUUAAACUAAAACUAAUUUACAUAUACCAAACAUUAUCGAACAAACUAUGAAAAUCAUUUGUGAAAAAAAACCCCACGGAAGAUAACGUUUAAAAAAAAAAAAAAAAAAAAAAAAAAAAAUAUUAACACAAUAAUUUAACAUUGAUGCGUAUAGAACGUCUGUUAAAUUUAAGUAUUUUUACUCUACGAGGAAAUGUACAGCGAAGGCGAUAAAAUCUAUUUGGUUUUUUUUGUUUUACAGGUACCUUUGGUUCCUUUUGUACCGUGUGUGAGCAUACUGCUUAAUAUAUACCUGAUGAUGGAACUCAAUAUAAAAACGUGGAUAAGAUUCUGUUUGUGGCUAGUAGUAGGUCGGUAUUGGCGAUACGGAAAAAUUCGUAUCGAUCACAUUAUUACAAUAAUAUAUCUACUUCUUCCUUCUUCAUUAUUAUCUGUAAUUAUCGUAGAGUUGUUUGUUACCACCACACUAUGUCUCAGCCAACGCAUUCUUUGGGUUUUUUCGUAACUGGUAACUGGCGUUAAAUUUAAUAUUCUUUAUUGAACUUUGAAGAAGGAAGUUAAAUAGUUAUUAAGAUCACAUUACAUGACGUACUCGUAUAAUAAUUAUAAUUAUAAUAAUAAUCGACUUUUCUCUUUUAUUUCUCUAAUUCCGUAAACACUGUGUGUUAAUUUAUAAUACUAAUAAUGAAAAUAUUGCUUAUUUUUUUUUCUUAUAGGAUUAUUCAUAUACGCGUUUUACGGAGUUCGGAACAGCGUGGAAAGCAUAAAACAACGGGCCUUAAAAGACAUAAAGAACGAACCAGAAAUAUUUUAA